AUGCUCUCAGAGACCGGUGUGAGUUAUAAAAGUGGCGGAUCUUGUUUGACAGCAACACAGAUGGCGCUCGAGGAUGUGAAUACCCACAGCAACAUUUUGAAAGAUUAUAAUCUGACUUAUAGGUGGCUAGAUAGUAAGGCAAUGAAACACUUGCAGUUCAAUGAUCUCCUACUGGACAGACUGUGUGUACAGUUCUGUGGGCAGACUGUGUUGACAGUUCUGUGGGCAGACUGUAUGGACAGUUCUGAUACUCUUAACUCGGCUUGUGAUCCAGGGACAGCUCUGUAUCGAAUGUUUGAGCGUCUCAAUAACGACCCACCCUACUUGUUGUUGCUAGGAGGAGCGUGUUCUGUGGUUACCGAGGCGACUGCGCAAGUGUCUUAUAUGUGGAACAUAACUCAACUGUCGUAUGAAUCGUCUUCUCCCGUUCUGUCAGAUCGUGCACGAUUUCCACGCUUUUUCCGCUUGUACCCUCCCGACCAAAAGCUGAAUAUUGCAAGAAUAGCUCUGAUGAAACAGUUUAACUGGAAGAGGGUAGCCACUAUUAACGAAGCCAAGGAAUACUUUUCUGCUGUAAUUGACGAUUUCGUUCAAAGAGCAAAAGUCACCGAUGUAACUAUAAUAUCGCAAGAAAUAUUUGUUAAUGAACCUUUCGCCAGGAUUCAGAAUCUUAAACAACACGAUGCUCGAAUUAUUAUAACUGCUAUGUACGAGGACAAGGCCAGAAAAGUUCUAUGUGCGGCAUUUAAGAUUGGUUUAUACGGUCCACAUAUUGUCUGGAUGUUUGUGGGAUGGUAUUCUAAGACAUUCUGGAAAGUAGACCUAGAUGAAGUGGAUUGUACGGAAGAGCAAAUGACGUUAACAGUGGAGGGUGCAUUUAUUACUGGAGCGGUAUUUAUGAAUCCAGUAGAAGAGAAAGGCAUAGCUGGCAUCACAGCGACAGAAUUUGAAAUGACAUAUUUCAACCAUCCAACAUACAACCCGGAGUGGGCAUCAACCGAUGCCGUGGCACCGUUGUGUUACGAUCAUAUUUGGGUAGCCGCUCUCGCACUAGAAUGCGCUCUACAAAGCAUACAAAGAAUCGAUGGUCAACGUGAAAAGAUUGGUCUGUACCGGCUGGAUCUUGAAAAUAAAUUCUUUGAAUGGACAGAGGGCUCUAUCAGAUGGAGAGGUUAA